UGAGCCCACGGGGACCCUUGGGGAGAGGGAAUCGGCCCCCCCCAGAACCAGGGGGCCCCUCUAUGGUCAGUUCCGGACGGGAAUGAAGGAUUCCAUGGAAUCUCUGAAGGGGAGGGACAUGUCGGGGUGACAGUAGAAUCUGGACAAGCAGAGUUCCCUGAGGCCCCGGGUUCAGGCUGAGCCAGCACCCCCCUCGGGGCACCCCCGCUCCGGGAGGCCCAGUGGUUGGGCCCUUUGUGAGGCAGGCUGGGGGAGACAGAGCCCUGAGGGCCAGCAGCCAGAAGAGGUAGAGAGUCUCAGAGGAAGGAGCCCCUGGGAGCAGGGCCCCACACGCCAUGGCCAGCGUGGUGGUGAAGACGAUCUGGCAGUCCAAGGAGAUCCACGAGGCAGGAGACCCCCCGGCAGGCGUGGAGAGCCGCUCCCAGAUGGUCCCCGAGGCUCCGGGCGGGGGGGCCGGCCCGGCCAAGGGGAUCGCCAAGAAGAAGAAGGCCGUGUCCUUUCACGGGGUGGAGCCUCGGAUGUCCCACGAGCCCAUGCACUGGUGUCUGAACCUCAAACGCUCCUCGGCCUGCACCAACGUGUCCCUGCUCAACCUGGCCGCCGUGGAUGCCACGGACUCCUCCGUGACCGACUCCACCACGGAGGACAGCGGCUCGCUGGCGCUGCCCGCGCCCCCCGCCUCCCCUACCCCACCCUGGGCUCCGGAGGACCCGGAUAUCACGGAACUACUGAGCGGGGUCAACAGUGGACUGGUUCGCGCCAAGGACUCCAUCACCAGCUUGAAGGAGAAAACCACCCGGGUGAAUCAGCAUGUGCAGACGCUGCAGAGUGAGUGCUCUGUGCUGAGUGAGAAUCUAGAGCGAAGGCGCCAAGAGGCAGAGGAGCUGGAAGGGUACUGCAGCCAACUCAAGGAGAACUGCCGGAAGGUGACGCGGUCGGUGGAAGAUGCUGAAAUAAAAACCAACGUCCUGAAGCAGAACUCCGCGCUGCUGGAGGAGAAGCUCCGCUACCUCCAGCAGCAGCUGCAGGACGAGACCCCGCGGCGGCAGGAGGCCCAGCUGCAGGAGCUGGAGCAGAAGCUGGAGGCCGGCCUGUCCCGCCAGGGCUGCUCCGGGGGGCAGGGCUGCUCCGGGGGGCAGGGCUGCUCCGGGGGCCCCGGGAGCCCCGACGAGCCCCCGCGGCCGCGCUGCUGCUGGGGGGCGGGGGCCCGGGCCGGGGAGGGCCUGGUCCUGAGUGAGCAGGAGGUGCAGAAGGUGUCCAACGGCCUGGAGGACCUGAGGAGGGAGGUGUCCUCGCUGACGGCGCGGUGGCACCAGGAGGAGGGGGCGGUGCAGGAGGCGCUGCGGCUGCUGGGGGGCCUGGGCGGCAGGCUGGACGGCUUCCUGGGCCAGUGGGAGCGCGCGCAGCGCGAGCAGGCGCAGACGGCGCGGGGCCUGCAGGAGCUGCGCGGCCGCACCGACGAGCUGUGCACCAUGGUGGAGCGCUCAGCCGUGUCGGUGGCCUCGCUGAGGAGCGAUCUGGAGGGCCUGGGCCCUGUGAAGCCCAUUCUGGAGGAGCUGGGGCGGCAGUUCCAGAGCUCCCGGAGGAGCUCUGACCUCACCAUGAACCUGGACCGGGCCUCCCAAGGCUCCUGCACCCGCUGUGCCAGCCAGGGGCAGCAGCUGUCCACGGAGUCCCUGCAGCAGCUGCUGGAGCGCGCCCUGACGCCGCUGGUGGACGAGGUGAAGCAGCGGGGCCUGGCCCCCGCGUGCCCCAGCUGCCAGCGGCUACACAAGAAGAUUCUGGAGCUGGAGCGCCAGGCCCUGGCCAAGCACGUGCGGGCAGAGGCCCUGAGCUCCACCCUCCGCCUGGCCCAAGACGAAGCCCUGCGGGCCAAGAACCUGCUGCUGACGGACAAGAUGAAGCCGGAGGAGAAGGUGGCCUCCCUGGACUAUCUGCACCUGAAGAUGUGCUCCCUCCACGACCAGCUCAGCAACCUGCCACUUGAGGGGUCCACGGGGACGAUGGGAGGAGGCAGCAGCGGGGGCACUCCGCCGAAACGUGGGGGCCCGGCCCCCGAACAAUAAAUAAAUGGCUCCUCAUGCUGGCAUGAA